AUGGAUGGGCUUCCCACAGGCGACGUUGGUUUUGACCGUAGAUACCCCAGCGUGUUUGGCGAGCAUCCCAUAGACUUAGAUCAUGAGGAGCUAUGCCCUGGUGCCAUGGAGAGAGCCCAUGAGUAUUACAAACAAUGGAAUCGUAAGAUCCUGAUGUUUGAUCCGAGAGUAUGCUUUGUAACAGGUACUGUCUAUUUUUUCGGUGUUAACACGACUUGGGUGAUUGCGGGUUAUCAGCUCGCCGAGUUUGGCUCCAAGGCCUUCAAUGUGCGUUUAGUUGAGCUUGCGGCAGUGACACUUCAUCAGGGCGGAGCUUUGCUAUUUCAACUUGAUUUACGAAUACAUCAAGGAGAUACAGACAGCAUCGUCAAUUGGAGGAUGCCACCUAUAGAGGGCCUCGUCGAUGUGCCUCCACGACCAACCCUUUUCAACCAUCACGCAUAUCUCGACGCAGACAUCUACCCCGAAGGUGUCGAUGACAUCGUUGGGUACUGGGCUGAGGAGCGUAUCCUUGGGGGCGCGGCAGUAUUUGAUCGUGGCGCCGAAGAUGUAGCAGCCACCUCCAACAUCUACUUUUACUCCUGCCGCCGUCGUCAGACUCAUCGCGUAUAUCAACUCCGCGACGAUCAACAAGAGGCCCUCUUCAAUCUUCUACUUGCCGAGACGGAUUCUCCUCCUUCAGAGCCAAAUUCAUUACCCGUCUUGGGUAACGCGCAAAAUCGAAUCCGUGUCGACUCGGAGGUUGCCAUCACCCAUCACAACAUCUACCGAGACAUCUGGGAACGCAAGCCUCUCGCGAUAGAGGAGGAACUGACCGUGGGAAGGCGGCAAAAGACCGAUCUUGAUUACCCUGAGCUUGCUGAGGAAGUUUUUCGGAUCAAUAAAAAGCUUGGGAUUUAG